AGGAAAACCUUGACCAACUUUGGCAAGAAGCUGAUCCGGCAGCGGACGGUGAACCUGGGCUCGCAGGAAACUCAGCUGGCCCGUUGCCUCUCCACCGUAGACCAUGCUCUAGGAGUGGGCAGCACCCUUGGAGCGGGCGUCUACGUCUUGUCCGGAGGGGCCAAGGAUCUGGCUGGCCCGUCUAUUGUGAUCUGUUUCUUCAUUGCGGCCGUCUCUUCUGUUCUGGCUGGCUUGUGCUACGCAGAGUUUGGCGCCCGGGUACAGGCCGGUUCUGCCUACCUCUACAGCUACGUCACCGUUGAAAUUUGGGCCUUCACCACAGGGUGGAACCUUAUCCUCUCCUACAUGAUAGGGACAGCAAGUGUGGCUCGGGCUUGGAGUUCCACCUUCGACCACAUCAUUGGAGGCCACAUCUCCACUUUCUUCCGGAACCACACAGCUUUGCACCUGGAAAACGUGCUGGCUGAGUACCCCGACUUCUUUGCCCUCUUCUUGGUGCUGCUGCUCACAGGCCUGCUGUCCUUCGGAGUGAGCGAAUCUGCCCUGGUGAAUAAAAUCUUCACGGCCAUCAACUUGCUGGUGCUCAGCUUUGUCAUCGUUGCGGGUUUUGUGAAAGGAGACGUCAAGAACUGGAACCUGUCCGCGGAAGAUUGUCAGAACCGCACGGAAACCCUCUUGGAGUCUGGACAAAAACAGGGUCCGCUUGGCAAUGGAGGGUUUUUCCCCUUUGGCUUCCAGGGAGUCCUCUCGGGGGCUGCCACCUGUUUCUACGCCUUCGUUGGAUUCGACUGCAUCGCCACCACAGGUGAGGAAGCACGGAACCCUCAGCGAUCAAUCCCCAUCAGCAUCAUCAUCUCCCUCAUCAUCUGCUUUGUGGCCUAUUUUGGCGUUUCGGCGUCCUUGACCUUGAUGGUUCCCUAUUUGGUGGAUAAAGAGAGCCCACUGCCUGAUGCCUUCAAGGUCGUGGGCUGGGAGCCCGCCCGCUACGUGGUGGCCAUCGGCUCCCUCUGUGCCCUCUCUACAAGCUUGCUUGGAUCCAUGUUCCCCAUGCCGCGAGUGAUCUAUGCUAUGGCUGAAGACGGACUGCUCUUCCGAUUCCUCUUCCGGGUUCACAGCCGGACCAAGACUCCCUUGGUGGCCACUGUCGUCUCGGGCAUCAUUGCAGCCCUGAUGGCGUUUCUCUUUGAGCUGAAGGAUUUGGUCAACCUGAUGUCUAUCGGCACGCUGUUGGCCUACUCCCUGGUGGCUAUUUGCGUGCUCAUCCUCAGAUACCAACCUGAGCUCUUCAGGUUCUCCAAAGAUCUGGAAAUGCUCGAGAUCAACGGAAGCGAAGAAGAAAAGAUGACCAUUAAUUCCACGGUCGGCGAUGGCCAGAACGCAUUCAAAGAAUUCAGCUGCAGGAGCCUUUUCUUCCCCGCCGAGGACAACCCAACCCAUAUCUCAGGGCGCAUCGUCUACAUCAGCACCACGGCCGUCGCUGUCACGAUCACUGCCCUGUGUGGCAUUCUGGCCCAUGAGUGGGAAGCCCUCCUGGAGGGCAGCGUCGGCUGGGUCAUUGCCUGUGUCAUUCUCCUGGGCAUUUGCUCGCUGGCAACAGCCGUCAUCUGGAGGCAGCCAGAAAAGCAAGAAACGCCUCACUUUCAAAGUGCCUGGCCUGCGUUGCUCCCCCUCUUCAGCACUCUGGUGAAACUCUAUCUCAUGAUGCAGCUCGAUGCUGGGACCUGGGCCCGCUUCGCUGUCUGGAUGGCCAUCGGCUUUGCCAUCUAUUUCGGUUAUGGGCUUCAGCAUAGCGAAGAAGGUCAGGGGGCACAGCAGUCCCCGUCAGCCGCCGACAAAGGCCUGCCUUCGGCCCACUCUGAGCUGAGCCAAGAGCUCGCCAUCUGAGAAGGAGCGGCUGCUUCUGUCCUCCUUCCACCGCCGUGGACGCCCCCCGAGUUCUUUCUUCGCCUCCUGCCCCACCCGUCAAGAAGGAAGCCGUGGCCCGCAGGACCUCCAGUGGCGCAUUGGACUCAACCUGUGGCAGCAGCUUCAUUUCGCAGAAGAGGGGAAUAAAGCAAGAUGAGAUAAAAUUUAGGAGGCAGCCUUUCCUCCUAGGUGGGACAGGGAUGAGAGCGACCUUCAGACAAGAAGCUGCCACACAUGGUUUAUUUAUUUACCCGGCUUUGGUGGCUAGAUUGCCUUCCCCAGAUCUAGAUGUGUGUAAACGUGUCAAAUGUGAACCAUCCCCAAAUGAUCUCCAGGACUACCAGUCUAGUUUUAACUAUUGUUUGUAUGUCAAUUUUUCCCCCAAAGAUGUUAGGUGUUGUUUUUUUUAUAUCGGUACAACUCCGUGCUCUUAGCUUUUUUUUAAAGUUGGACUCAUCUAAACCCUCCCCUUCUGUCAAUUUACUUUCCUUGUAGGCUCAUCUCAGAUGCUCUUGGUUCUGGGGGGGUCUGCAGGCGAAAGCGAUCUGGCAGCCUCCAGAAAUUUAGACAGCCUGCAGCAGUGCAGUACUAGGCCGGAGGAUAAUUGCUUAAAUAAUCGUGGUUGAUCGGAGUUCUGCCAUUGUUCUUGCCAAACAUUAUCAAAUAGGUUUCUGGGGUUUCUCAAAUGAAAUCAGAACGAUUAUUUCUACCAAUGGGAUACAAAACUUACCCAACAUGCUCGCAGUAUAUGGAUCCAAUGUCCUGGGUACAUUCAGCCUGCAAUAGUUUAUUCGCGAGAGCAGGCUGCAGUGCCUUGAACGAAUGGGUAGUGCGGGGUGGGAGGGCCAACGGCUGAGUAAAGUCCUAGUAAAAUAAGUCAAGUUUGUUAUCAUGAAACUUAAGCCUGGAGAGACUCACCACAACAUCAGCCUAGGGGCUCACCCAUGCUGGGAGGCAAGAGAAGGGGAGGGAAACUGGGCGCUGAGUUGUGGUCAGUAGCUGCCAACAGGAGAGCAUUUGACCCCGGUGUAGCCACCUUCUGGACCAGAGGUCGGGGCUAAAGAUGGAGGCCAAGCCAGCGCGCAAUGGCCAGCUGUGCCUGGUUGCUUAGAAGCCAGCAGCAAACCACAGCUGGCAACAACUCAAAGCAAAGUGAGGUCAUUGCCAGACUUCCAUCUGUUGCAAAGAUGGCACAGCCAAUAAAUCCUCCCUGGCUCCAAAACAGGGUGAAUAUUUUUUUCCCUACUAAUAAAAGAAGCCAAAUUCAUGGUCCAGCUAGUGAUUUCCUGUUUGGUCCAUCCUGAAAUUGGCAAGGAAACCAGCCCCUAAUUUGGAAAGCCACCGGGUUAGCCAAAGGCAGGAUUGGGACAGCUUGUUUUCUUCAACUGUUAAGGGGGGGGGAAAGUGGGAUGCUUUCUCUCCUGGUGCAAAUUAUUUACCUUGGACUGGAAAAAUAAUUCUGAGAAUUCCCCAGGAAGCUGGAUCAUGUGACGUUGGUUGUACGUAUGCAGACACACUCCACUUACAUCAGAAGGCCAGGCUUCCUAACAACUGCCCCCCGGGGCCAAAUCCUAUAAUGCCAAGGCCAUUUCAAACUUCACGCAGCUCAUUUCCAAGCCUUACAAUUAAUUUCCCCAACAUUUCCAAAAGCAAAUUGUGAAUGUGCAGGGCCAAACACUGAAUUGUUGUCUUUGGGACAUUAGCUCUUCACGGACACUUUCGACGUUUCCUCUCUCCCGAAGGGAGAUUUGGCACAAUCUCAGUUCAGGGUUUGUAACUCAGUGGCAGAAAUCUUCACGGGUGGAAGGGAAAGGCUGGGAGCAGCAUGUCCGGGACCCACCCCUGAGAUCGAUGGCCAGGUCAGCAAAGGCAGCUUCUCCUGUUCCUCACUUCACCUUAUCCCGCAGCCUCGCUCAGAGCAAGAGGGGGGAAAUUCCCACUUGUUUCAACAGAACUUUUGUCGUCUUGUUUGAACAUCUACGUUACAUGUGCACCAAAGCUCUUCAACAUGAAUAUAAACGCAGCACCUUAAUGCAUUUUUUGGACCAAAUAAAUGUUGUGCUAUUA